AUGUCUGGAAGAGAUGACGCCGAGGAGCGUCGUCGCUUCACUACCCCAUACAGCGCCAAACACCCUAUUCCUACCAUCUCCAAGUAUCGUGAAGAGAGAACUGCUCGUCAAGAUGCAGCUGAAGACAGGAAGGAUUCUUCACCAAAAGCUGGAGAUUAUUCUGAACCCAAUGGCGACUACCAACUACAUCAAAAGUCAAGAGAAGAUGCUGGAGCCAAUCUAGAACCAGUAAAGACCCGUGAGGAUGAUGGAGAGGAGGAGAAAGACGACGACAAUCAGGAAGAUGGAGGAAUGCAAGACACUUCACAAGUUGAUGCCUAUGCAUCAGAUCCCAAGCAGAGAAGGAAAGAGCUCAAGAAGAGCAAACGAGAGAGGGCGGAGCGAGAAGUCACUGACCCUGUUACCCAUCUUCCCGUUACAAUCCACGAUUUUACCGAUGACGCUCUCGAAAGUGUAAGCGUGAACGAACCUCCUUUUGGUACGACACAGAAAACAGCAACUGGCGCAGAAAACAAGUCAAAGUCAGAUGAGCAGCUUGGCCACGAGCAGCGAGAAGUUCAACAAAGCUACGACGCCAUGGGCGAGUUGUUUCCCCCGCCGGAUUUCGAUGCCCUCCGUCUUGAACUUGCGGCCAUAAACAAGCGCGGCGUCACUUUUGGGCUUACUGGCGUUGCCAUCAUUGUUUCCGGUGCCUUUGCUUUCGAAAGACUUGUGCGAGAAGGACUCUUACAGGGCGCAAAGGCCGGCUCCUUUCUCGUUGGGGGUACCCUUUGGUUGGCAUUAGCUGCGGCCAGUGCUGGAGCCAUCUGGUUCCUAGUGGUAUCUGUUCGAGAAUGGAUCUCCAACAAGGUAAACAACAUCUUUCAUGACGAAGUCUGGGAUGCCCACCGAAGGGGUGUCGUAAAGGCAUCUAAGCAGAAUGAUACAGAGACAACUGUUUGGCUCAACUCUUUGAUUGGUUCUGUCUGGCCGCUUAUCAACCCCGAUCUCUUUGCUAGCCUUGCAGAUACCUUGGAAGAUGUUAUGCAAGCCUCGCUUCCCAAGUUUGUCCGCAUGGUCAGUGUUGAUGAUAUUGGCCAAGGAAGCGAGUCUGUCCGCAUUCUCGGUGUCCGAUGGCUCCCUACCGGAGCCGCAGCCCGGGCAGUUGGCGAAGAUGGGCAGAUCAUGACUCGAGAACAAAGUGAAAAUGAUACCCAAGAGAAGGAUGACGAGAACAGCGACAGUGGUUCCCAUAUUCAGGAUGGUAUGGAAGCUGAGGAAGGGGACUUUGUCAACCUUGAAGUCGCAUUCGCCUACCGCACCCGAUCAUCAUCCAAGUCUCUCAAGGAGAGAACCAAGGACAUGCACUUGUACCUUGCUUUCUAUCUUCCAGGCAACAUCAAGGUCCCGGUCUGGGUCGACCUCCAGGGGAUUAUCGGUACAAUGCGCAUGCGACUUCAACUGACUCCCGACCCUCCCUUCUUCGCCUUAUGCACGCUUACAUUCCUCGGCCAGCCCAAGGUAAACGUGAGCUGUGUACCCCUGAGCAAGCACGCCAUCAACAUCAUGGAUGUCCCCUUUAUCAGCAACUUUGUUCAAUCCUCUGUAGACGCCGCCAUGGCUGAGUACGUUGCGCCCAAGAGUCUAACACUCGAUUUGAAAGAUAUGCUUGCUGGCGACGAUUUUAAGAAAGAUACCAGCGCAGUGGGUGUAUUGGUGGUCAACAUCAAGCGCGGUUACGACUUCAAGAUGGGCGACUCUGGUAUUCCACUUAUCAAGGAUGGAAGCUCCGAUGGUUACGUUUCGGUCGGCUGGGCUAAGUUUGGCAAGGUGAUGUGGUCGACCCGGGUUUUGGAGAACGAAAUGGAGCCUUACUGGGACGAGACCUGCUUUAUACUUGUGUCGCCACAAGAACUCAACAUCGACGAAAGACUGCGUGUGCAACUGUGGGACUCCGAUAGACUAACUGCGGAUGACGACCUCGGUCGAAUUGAAAUACCGGUCAAGGAUCUGAUGAAGGACGAUCGAUCUAACGGAAAGAUGUGGCACCGGGAAGAUGGCUUCAGGGCUUUGAAGUCUAGUGAUGACAUGCCAGGAAAAUUGGAAUGGAGUGUCGGUUAUUACUCCAAGACCAGGAUUCAGCAAUGCCAGUUCGAGAAGCAGACUCAUAAUCCCGAAAUCCGCAAUAUGGAUCAACUCAAGGAGAGUGUCAAAGAAUCGAGCGAGCGUAAACUCCGGGAGACUAUGUUCAAGGAGGGCAAGAAGGAGCAUGACGCCAGUGAACUUGAGCAGCAGACAGCCCAGGAACUCAAGGCGGAACAAGACGCCAUGAUCAUUUCAGCACCCCCUCCCGAAGGUUAUCCAAGCGGCAUACUUAGCAUCCAAAUCCACAACAUUACAGGACUAGAGUUGGAGCGACUCAACAAGCGCAAGGCUGCAAAUGAUGCCGAGGCGACCGAUGAAGAGGAAACCGGUGAAGGCUUGCCAAGCGCAUACUGCACUGUCAUCCUCAAUCAUCGCAAGAUUUUCAAGACAAGAACCAAACCCCAAAAUGCCAAACCUUUCUACAAUGCUGGUUGCGAGAGAUUUAUUCGCGAUUGGCAAGAUUCCGAGGUUUUUGUCACCGUCCGCGACGCUCGUCUGAAGGAAGACGAUCCUCUACUGGGAAUAAUUCAUCUUCCACUUGCAGAGGUGUUCCGUGAACAUUCGCAGGUUAUGGGUUUCUGGCCCUUGACUGGUGGUGUUGGUUUUGGGCGUGUUCGUAUCUCCAUGGUGUUCCGCAGCAUUCAACUCCAGGCCCCAAGAAAUCUUUUGGGAUGGCAGUACGGCACUGUGGAAGUGAAUCCUACUGCUACAGUUGUAGACUGCCCCAAGGAUCUCCGCUCAUCAAAACUCAAGUUCCGAACCAGCAUCAGCAGUGCGAAAAUGUAUACCGAGGAUAAUGAAGAGAACCAAGGAACAGUCACUUGGAAGUCAAAGCGAGACAAAUCACUUGCUUUGGCCGUCGCCUCGAGAUAUAGCAGCUGCAUGUCUAUUGCUUUCCGAGAGAAGGGCUUCUUUGGAGAUGACACUGCUGCCUUUGCUGUUCUAUGGCUAAAGGAUAUUGUUGACGAGGAAGAGACAGAGUUGGAAUUGCCAAUUUGGAAAGGCGAUUUCCAGCGUGCCACGUCUUGCUGCUUGGAAGACUGUGGCGAGAGACUGGGCACGAUCAGGUUAAAGCUUACAUAUUGGUCUGGUCUGGGAAGUGCCCAUUCUCGAUGGGCGAGUCGCGACCCGCAUCUCAAGAAUGUUGUGGAAGUCAUCGAAAUGGCCCACGAUAACCUUGAAGUAGGCAGCCAGGAGAAGAAGGCUGGCAUUGUAGGGUCCGAUGACGAUGAGCAAUCUGGCCGCCGUUAUCGUUCAGGCUCUAUAGGCAGCAAUUCCGACUCCAGCUCAAGCUCCUCGGAUACAGAGAAUGAAGACGAGCAGGAACCCAGUGUUCCUAACGGCAGCAGCUCACAAAAGCAAGGUCCUAUAGACCAGUUGCGGGACUACCGUCGUCGAGACAGGCGGCUACAUCGCCAGCAUCGGGGUCUAAUGCAGUGGAAG